AUGUCAAUUGAAUCUGAAGUUCAAAAACCAAUUAUUCUACAAGGACUAUACGAAAUGAAUGGACAAAUAUUAGUUUUACCCAUUAUGGGAAACGGAAGAUGCAAAAUUACCUUAGAAGACUUCAAGCUUACUGGUAUAUUGCAAAUGACAAAAUCAUUAAAAAAUGGAAGUAUAUUCUUAGAAAUAGAAGAUUUAUCUUGGAAAUUUACUACUUCAAGAAUAAAUAUUAAGUUCGAUAACCUAUUUAAUGGAAACAAAGUUCUUGGAAAUCAUAUGAAUAAUUUUCUUAACGAAAACUGGCGAGAAUUAUUUGAUGAAAUGCAAUCGGGAUUUGAACAAGCAUUAAGUUCUACUUUUAUAGGAAUUAUCCAGCAGUUUUUGAAUCAAGUCCCACUAAAGCAAAUUUUUAAUGAUUAA